AUGAAAUAUGCCUUGUUGCUCGUGCACACGGUGGUGCAAGUGCUGGAUGCCUUGGACACUGCAGAGAGCCAGUGCGGGCAGCACCGCAGUAUCAGCGAGUGCCUUGCAUUUCGGCAUCAGCAUGGAUGUGUCUGGGAUGUGCCAGCCGAACACUGUGUGCCUGAGAUGCCCUGUGACCAGCGACCACGCGAGAGCUGCCACACCGAACUAACCACCGGAGGCUUUUCGGCUGGUUGGGAUGACACUCGCAACAAGUGCUUUUGGGAUGGCCGACAGUGUAGGUGGGCUGACGAAUGCUUCAUGCAGGAUGCUGAUAGCUGCAAGGCUGCCGGGUGCAUCUGGGGCCAGCACUGCACACCGGCGGAUAUGUCCAUAAAACCCGGGCCUGGGUUUUGCUUUGAGUCGUGCUCAGUUCCCAGGCUUGACCCUGGAUUCUUUGAAGAGUUCCCCGAACAAGUCGAGUCUGGGCCCCCUGUUGUGAAACGCACCCCAAAGGCCCCGAGGGCCCCGAGCGCGCCAGCGCAGAGAUUGAUGGGCAGCACGGGCAUCGUGUAUACAACGUCCGGUCCAGUGCAGGGCUUAGCUGGUGUUGGAGUGCAGACGUUUUUGGGCAUCCCCUUUGCGCAGCCUCCAGUUGGCAUCCUCCGUUGGGCAUCGCCUCAAAAGAUGCCGCAGUGGAGCCAUGUGUUUCAGGCCACAGCUUUUGGCCCUGCGUGCACACAGGCCUUCGACUACUAUGCUGCCGACCCCAGAAACUGCAAGGGCUACACGCGGGGAGAGUGUUACGGCUACACUGAGGACUGCUUGACGCUGAACGUGUGGACCCCGGCCACCACGGGGUCCAGAGCAGUCAUGGUCUGGAUCCAUGGCGGGUGCUACGUUAGCGGAUCUGCCUCGGACCCGGAGUACAACGGAUCUGCCCUGGCCGCGCAAGAGGAUGUCGUGGUUGUGUCCAUCCAAUAUCGGCUUGGGGUCUUUGGCUUCCUGGGCGAUGCCAUUCUGCGGUCGCGAGAUCCACGGGGCUCGACAGGCAACUACGGCCUCCUGGACACCGUCGCUGCGCUGGAGUGGGUGCAGGAGAACAUCGCCUCCUUUGGUGGGGACCCCAACAAGGUGACCAUCUUCGGAGAGUCCUCGGGAGCUGGUUCUGUCAGCUUGUUGCUGGGUGUGGAGGAGGCAUGGCCCUUCUACCAGCGAGGGAUCAUGGAGAGCGGCAGCGGCUCUUUCUGGACCUACGUGACGCUGAGCGGCGCACAUGCGAACUUCCAGAAGGUUGUCUCGACUUCGAAGUGCUCCAACGCUUCCACGAUCCUGUCUUGCAUCGUGUCGGCGAGCCAAACUGUGGUGGCAGAAGCAGUGGAGGCUGUACCCUGCAAGGACGCUUGCACCUGGGCUCCCGUGGUGGAUGGUGUGCUGGUAAGGGGGACACCUUUGGAACUGGCUCAGUCUGGCAGCCUUCGCCCGGACACGCCGAUCAUUGCUGGUUUCAAUCUGAAUGAUGGGGCCAUGUUUGUGGCGGGGUACCCUUUUGCUAUGGCGACCAUGUCGCAAGAAUCCAUGCAGUCGUACUACUCCAACCUCUAUGGAGAAGAACGUGUGCAAACUUUGGAUGGCAUAUUCCAGCCGCAAAAGUCCGGCAAAGCGUGGUGGAUGUCUGAAUACUUCAACGCAGCGCAAUCUUGCGAGACAGACUUCAGCUACUCGUGCACAGCACAGUGGCUGGCAACAUCCUCGGCUUUGCACGGAUCUCCUGCGUAUGUUUACAAGUUCUCAGAAACCAGCAGUAUGGGACUGGUCCUCCACGGUGAUGAGAUACCCUACAUCUUCGGAACUCUGGACUCAUAUGCUGGGCCAAAUGGGCCAAAGGCGCAAGUGUCACAGUGGAUGAUGAAAUAUUGGACAAACUUUGCCAAGUUUGGCAACCCCAAUGGAAAGAGUGCCGAGCUGGGGGUUGAGGGUUUGCCUCCCUGGCCAGCUUGGGACGCCCACGGGCCGAUGACAACUUUGCUGAACAUUAGCAGCACUCCGGCCGUUGUGUCUUUCGCCAACAAUUCGUGGCCUGGUUGCUCCUUCUUUCGCGAGCACUGGGACUUCUACUCCCUUUGCUUACCGCAGAACCCACGACAUGAAGGGGUGUCCAUGAUUGUUUGA